CGGGGGACAGUCACCCGAUCGGGGAAAGAUCCCGUACUGGCAACCGACCACGCGAGAUUUGAUUUAAUAGAAAAUAAAAUAUUAGCUAGCUGAAGGUAGACCUAGCUGGGAUGAAUAAAGCUGUUUUGAAUCCAACAGUAGAGGAAGACUAUGUCACACCAGAAUCUGCUAAAAAACGUUCAAAAAAGAAAAAGAAAGAUCGAGAGUCUAUUGUAAGUAAUUGUGACGCAAAUAUAAGUAAAGCAAAAAAGAAAAAACGUGAAUGCGAUGAAACUUUUACUAAAGAACUUAAGAAGAAGAAGAAAGGGAAGAAUAAAAGCAGUGAGGAAAAUGAUGUUAUUAGUGAUAAAGAAGGACUUUUACAGAAAAAAAAUAAUGUAGAAACUGUUCAAAAAGAAGCAGAAGAACAAGAAAGGGAUAAUAAAGAACACAAAAAGAAGAAAAAGAAGAAAAAGAAAAAGAAAACAAUAGAUAAAGAGGAAGAAGAAGGAAACGAGCUUGAUAACAAUAGUGAAGAACUAGAAAUUGAGUAUACCAAGAAAGAGAAAGUAAAUAAUAUUGCCAAAAAGAAAGAAAAAAAGGACUCUAGGAAAAAGAGGAAACGAACUGAGAAAGUUGUGGCUAGUGAACUAUCUAAUGAACAAGGUGAUGAUUUAAAAACACAAGAUGAAACAAAAAGAAAACAUGUUGGGGAGCCACAGGAGAUUGAAACACAACCUAUGGCUGGACAAUGGUCAACUGCAGCCCUGGGUUCAGAAGCUAGAAGUAACAAGUUUCUUCGACUCAUGGGUGGUUUUAAAGCUACCAACAUGAACAAAAAAGCAGCGUUUAGCACAGUGGCGCUUGACAAAAAAAGUGAGGAAAGAUUAAAUCUCGGUUUAGAAAAACAAUAUGAACGUGCGCUGGAGACUACUAGAAACUGUCGAGGCAUAGGUUUAGGCUUUUCAAAUAGCAAAAGAGAAGAAAAACCGUCAUUUUCCUUUCCAACGUGACUUCUACAAAAUCUUGAAGUGCUUCAUUUGUGUUCACAAUUAUUUGCAAGCUUGGAGUAAUUGAACUCGCUGCAUAAACCUUUUAUCUACAAAUGUGUAGCUCUAGCUUCUAAAACAAAUUCUCCGGAA